GUGGCACUUACAGUGACGCCGUCCAGUCUGCCAUUCACCAUAUACCCAAGUCUUACCCAGCUCUUGACCCCCCGCAUCAGCCCAUAUUUGACGUUUUGAAUGAGCGCAAUUCUCAAUUAACAACACCAGCUUCUACUUCACGCAAUGGCGUCUGCCCAGGUCAUAUCGAAUUCUGGCCACGAUGAUAUGAUUCACGAUGCUGUCCUCGAUUACUACGGACGUCGCCUUGCGACAUGCUCAAGCGACCGCACCAUCAAAAUAUUCGAAAUCGACGGGGACUCCCAACGACUUGUCGAGACCCUGAAGGGACAUGAUGGCGCAGUUUGGUGCGUUUCAUGGGCGCACCCCAAGUAUGGAAACAUUCUGGCCUCCGCAGGUUACGACGGCAAGGUCUUCAUCUGGAGGGAACAGAACAAUCAGUGGCAGAAGAUUUUCGAUUUCGCUCUGCACAAAGCUUCCGUCAAUAUCGUCUCUUGGUCACCACACGAGUCUGGGUGCCUCCUGGCGUGCGCUUCUUCGGACGGCAACGUGAGCAUACUCGAGUUCCGCGACAACAGCUUCGACCAUGUGACAUUCCCAGCCCACGGGUUGGGCGUCAACUCCGUCUCAUGGGCCCCAGCCACGGCACCUGGAAGCAUCGUCAGCAGUUCCCCUGGUCCUGGUUCGGCUGGUGUGAGGCGAUUUGUCACGGGCGGCUGUGAUAACCUACUCAAAGUUUGGGUUUUCGACUCAGCAUCGCAGUCGUACAAGCAGGAGCAGGAGCCUCUUGCCGGUCAUACAGACUGGGUUCGUGAUGUAGCAUGGUCGCCGACGGUCUUGCAGAAGUCAUACAUUGCGUCGGCCUCCCAAGACAAGACGGUUCGCAUUUGGACGUCGGACUCGUCGAGCCGUGGACAAUGGAACUGCAAGGUUCUCAACUUCGAUGCAGCUGUGUGGAGAGUCAGCUGGUCUCUGAGCGGCAAUGUACUCGCGGUCAGCGGAGGUGACAACAAGGUCUCGUUGUGGAAGGAGAACCUCAGAGGCGAGUGGGAGUGCGUCAAGAGCAUCGAGGAAUAAUACAGACAUCCAUGUAACGUCAUAGGCGAGGCGUUCGCGGCAAAAUAGGGCAUAGAUGGGUCGUUACGUAUUUGCACUCGUGAAUUUCAUGUCGUUUUGUAGUUAGAUCAACCGUUACGGAUGAAACGAACUCAGGCUAGCAAGCCACUGUCGCUUGCACACCGUACAUUAUUACUCACAUGAAGCAGAAUACUCUCGGUAUCAACUGAA